AUGGACCAACUCGCGUUGAUGAAAGUCGUGGCUGAAAAGGCGGUGGAUGAAAAUGUAAAGAGUAACAGCGUUAUAGCGCUGGGAACCGGAAGAACAGCCUCAUUUGCGGUCAAAAGAGUGGGUCAACUUUUGAAGGAGGGCAAGCUUGAAAAUAUUACCGCAAUCUCCACCAGCGUACAGACCUUUGAACUGAUAAAGGAGCUGAACAUUCCCUACAUUAGCAUAGAUGAUGCUAUGAGCUCGAAUUUGAGCAUUGAGGUUGCCAUUGACGGAGCAGAUGCUGUGGACCCAAAUCUGAAUCUCAUAAAGGGUGCAGGAGGAGCUCUUUUUAGGGAAUUUCUGGUGGAACAAUACGCCAAGGAGUUUGUCGUGAUUGUUGAUGAAAGUAAAAUGUGCACUGACCUUCUGUCUCAUUGCAAAGUUCCCAUUGAAGUUGUAAACUUUGGGCACUUGAGCACCUGUAAACUUGUUUACAACACCCUCAAGGAGCAUAUUGCAGAGUGGAGUGUCAGAAAAGGUGCUGAUGGCUCCACAUUCAUCACAGACAAUGGGAAUGUCAUCAUGGAUGUCAAAUUUAGUGGAGGCGAUGUAGACACACUCCACAGAAAGAUUAACGAGGUUUGUCCAUUCUCAUGCGUAUCUACCACCAUUCUCUCCUUUGAACUCUAG